CUUAUGCAGACGUUUUACUUUAUUGUGAUUACAAUUUCAACUGUAGGAUAUGGCGAUAUUACUCCAAAAACCACUCUAGGAAAGUUUAUCAUCAUUUCCAUGAUUUUGCUGUCCAUUGUGAUACUUCCUGGGCUGAUUUCAGAUGUGCAAGAAAACUUGAAGCUGCAGCUGUCAGAUGCAGGCACUUACACUAGGGGUAACAGGGAUUUCAUUAUCAUCUGUGGAGCGUUUGAUUCUGUUCCCCGUGUUCAAAAUGUCAUCAGUAUGGUUUCAACAAGAAAAUCGUCAUCAUCGACUAUCUUCAAGGCAGUGGGCUGAACAUGGAGGAUUUGGCUCGUGUGCAAUUGAAGUAUGCAGCUGCAGCGUUUAUUUUGGCACAUACCCCACUUUAUGUCGAUAAUCUACUUCCUGGUACAGAACGAUUGCAAGAAAAAACCACCUCUGCUUCAGUGUGUAUUGAUGAUCUCAAACAGAUUUUGAUGGCGUAUAAUUGUCUGUAUCGCGGGGUGGGAACAUUGACUGUGAAUCUACUACGAAAAUGUCCGACCUACUCGGAUUAUGACGAGCCUUGGCGUGCUCAAUACGCAGACGGUCUCUCCAAUGCAAUCCAUCAAACGGAGAUCAAUCCCGUGUUUAUUGGCUACCCAUUUACUAUCAUAGCAUACUAUCUUUUUAAAGAGUUUCAGGUUAUUUUAAUUGGUGUUGGUAUGAUUAUGCCAUCCAGUCAAGGACCAGAUGGAGUGCAUGUGAUGUUGAACCCAAGGUAGAGUUUAACCGAACACUGACCCAGCGAACAUUGGUUUCCUCUGCUUCGCGACAUACCUUGUCACGUAGACCAGCAUUGGAUGGAUCCCCUACUUUACCAUCUCAAGAUGAAAUUGUGCUGAGUAUGCUGACUCAGGGCUACCCCUUUAGCAUGUAUAAAGACGAUCGUACUCCAUUGUGCUGGCUUCUUCGCCAUGAACAAAGUCUUAUGGAUGUUGUUAUUACAGAUGCAAGCGAACUGGUGUCGCAUAUUCUGGUUUGCACCUACAGCCUGAGUCUCUUUCGAUUUGUUUGCACUCUACGUUCGGCCAAUCUUAC